UAAAAAUAAAUUACAAAACAAAUAGUAAAGGAAAAACGCAUCAAUUUAUCUCUCUUCCUCUUUCCCAACCGAUUGUUGACGCGAAACAGGAGGCUUCUUUGCCCCAUCCUUCCUCUUUCCGUCUCUCGAUACUGCAUAAAUCGAUGGCGGAAGACCGGAGAACCUAAUCUCUCUGACCAAGCGGCGGAGCAGGGAGGAUUUUGAUCACUCUUUUUGGCUCUAGCGAAAAGGCGGAGUGCUGACGAUUGGCUGGGUGCUGGUGAACAGAGAUUUUCUAGGGGGAGAGAGGGAUUGAAGGAACAGAUUUUUAAGCUCGGAGAUGGCUGAGUCAUCCAAGGAAGAGCUCUUGCAGCUGAUCAAGCGGUUUGGAGCUUAUUUGAGCGUUAAGAUGUCGAAUUUCAUCCCGAUCUCACUCCGCAAUCUGGAUGCUCGGUCUGUUGGGGCCAUAGCAGGCCUUGCUCUUGCAGUGGUUUUCACUUGGAGAUUGUUGAGGUCCCCUAGUGUGCCCCAGAGAAGGCAACCAAAAAGACAUACUCCUACAACUAGCACUUCUUCUGCGGGGACACAAUCAAAUGUAGCAUCAAUGACUUCUGGAGCUGGUUCGUCUUCAGAGGAUUUGAGAGCCCAGAAUGUUGUUGAUGAGUUCUUCCAUCCUGUAAAACCAACUUUGGGGCAAGUAGUGAGGCAAAAGUUGAGUGAAGGCCGAAAGGUCACUUGUCGUUUGCUUGGAGUAGUCCUUGAAGAAAAUACACCGGAAGAGCUCCAGAAACAAGCAACAGUCAGAUCCUCUGCUCUAGAAGUUUUGUUGGAGAUCCCCAAGUUUUGUGAUCUUUAUCUCAUGGAAAGAGUUCUUGAUGAUGAAAGUGAACAAAAAGUACUUGCUGCUUUAGAGAAUGCGGGAGUUUUCACGUCUGGGGGUUUGGUCAAAGACAAGGUUCUCUUUUGCAGCACAGAAACUGGACGCACAUCUUUUGUUCGCCAACUAGAACCAGACUGGCAUAUUGACAGCAGUGCUGAAAUUGUUACCCAAUUAGCUGUAAAUCUCCUGCAACUCCCACUUUCAUAUUUGGACUGAGGAAUUUGAUUGUAAAUCCUGACUAAGCAUGUUUUCUAUUGCUCACAAUCUGUGUUCCUUUUUUCCACCUCUGAUUUGCAGAGGUUUAUCAAAGCUUGAACGAUCGCCUGGAAAUGUCUUCAGCUCUUCAUCACUGGAACAUUUCUUCGGAUUAGUAUGAUGCAUCAAUUGGUGCAUAUUUAGGCACAUUUGCGUUCAGAUUUUUUGUGAUCGAAGUAAAGAAAAAAAAGUAAAGGUUGCUUAUGUAUUGCUCCAUUGUACUGGGUUGAAGCUUGUACGAGUUUGAUGUUUGUGGGUUAGUGUCGGGCAGGAUCUGAACUUCCAUUAGUUGGAAAAUUUUCACAUUUGUUAAACCUGUUGUGUCUCUGUGACUGUAACCACAUGCAAGGAUAUGAAAUUGUCCAUGAAAGUUUCGGAUGUUGUCUCGUGGCUGUGGGUCUUGCUGUGUUUAAGGUUGUGUGUUUAC